CUGGGAUGAACUGGGAUGAACUGGGAGCACCGGGAGCCCUCCCAAACCCCCUCUUCUAUCCCAAAAUUCCCGCAGGCCGUCACCAAAAUCCGGGAAUUCAUCCUGCAGAAGAUUUACUCCUUCCGCAAACCCAUGACCAACUACCAGAUCCCACAGAACUCCCUCCUCAAAUACAAGUUUUUCUACCAGUUCCUGCUGGGGAACGAGCGGAACGUGGCGCAGGAGCUGCGGGAUCAGUACGUGGAGACCGUCAGCAGGAUCUACUUCUCCUACUUCAAAUCCUACACUGGGAGGCUCAUGAAGAUCCAGGUGGGAAUUCUCGGGGAUUUGGGAAUUCCGGAGGGG